UGUCCCCUCCCUGCUGAGCUGCAGCACCCCAGACUCCUGGGCACAAGGUGCUGUUACCCCCUGGGGCUUGUGCAGCCUCAGCCCAAGCCCUGCAGGUUGGGGGGCACGCAGACCCCAGCCCCACAGAUCCAUCCCCAUCUCUGACCCAUCAACAGGUUAAACUCCCUGGCAGCCCCAAACCAAUGUGACUCUGUUUACCAGCCAGGGGAGUUAUUUAUAGGGUGGCCAGGCUUGGGCUCUUGAUUCAGCAUUUGAGCGUGGGGCACAGCCCUAUUUAUAAACCCCUCCAGGCACCAGAGGCCACUUGCUGCCCCCCAGCUUCCCCUUGCCCUCCUAGGGUGCCUAUGGCCCAGGAAACCUUCGCCUUCACCUCCUCGGCCUUGCGCUCGCUGCGGCUCCAGCGGGAGCUGCUGGAGCAGGAGGAUCGCCGACGAGCCCUGGCUCGGGAAUGGGCCACGCGGCGGUUCCUGCCGGCAAGCCCCCGGCCCCCCCUGCCCCCAGCCCGGCGGCCUCAGUACUGCCGGGACCCUGCAGUCCACAAUGCCCUGUACACCGGGGACCUCCUGCGCAUCCAGAGCAUCUUUAAGGACGAGAUCACCACAAACCUGGUCAUGGAGAUGGUCAGCGAGGAGCUGGUGUGGUCGCCGGAGCAGGGGCUGUGGGUGCUGAGCCCCCGCCGGCAGCAGACGUCGGCGCUGCGCAUCGCGGCCGGCCGGGGCUUCGGGGACUGCGCCCGGCACCUGCUGCUGCGGGGGGCGGAGGUGGACGCGGUGGUGGGCGGCCGGGCCCCCCUGCACGACAGCGUGGCCGCCCCCCACCCCGACUGUGCCCGCCUGCUGCUGGCCUUCGGCGCCGACCCCAACGUGCUGAGCGCCGAGGGCGCCGCCCCCCUGCACCUCUGCGCGGCGCCGGAGAGCCUCCCGUGUGCGGAGCUGCUGCUGGCACAUGGGGCGCGGGUGAACCUGGGGACGCGGGAGCGGCAGGUGACGGCGCUGCACGUGGCGGCGCGGCAGGGGCUGGUGGCCCACACAGAGCUGUACCUGCACCACGGCGCCGACCCCGCACACCGCACGCACCAAGGCGAGACCCCCCUGAACGCUGCCUGUGCUGCUGCCGAGCGCCCUGAUGACGCCGAGCGCUACUACCGGGUGGCAGAGCUGCUGCUGGCAGCCGGCGCUGACCCUGGGGCCGCGGGCCGCAAGGACCACACGCCGCUGCACAACGCCUGUGCCAACGGGCAGCCCCGGCUGGCGCGGCUGCUGCUGCACCACGGCGCCAAUGCCACCGUCCCCAACUGCGCUGGCUACACCCCCAUGGACUGUGCCCUCCACGCCGUUGAGGAGUACCGGCAUCAGCACCCUGAGGAGACCAUCGCCCUCCUCCUCGGCCACGGUGCCGGCCCCGUCCACCCCAAGAUGCUCAAGUUUUGCUGCCGGUACCCGCCAGCACUGGAGCUGGUGCUCAAUGCCUAUGACCGCAUCCCCCCUGCCGAGGGCUGGCUGGGGGCUGUGCCCCCUGAGCUGUGGGAGGAGCACCCGGAUUUCUAUGCCUCGGUGGUGCGCAUGGCGGGGCAGCCACGGCGGCUGCAGCACCUGGCCCGCUGCGCUGUCCGGCGGUGCCUGGGCACCCGCUGCCACGCCGCCAUCCCCAAGCUGGCCCUGCCGCCCCCCCUGCGCUGCUACCUCCAGCUGCCCCUCGAGGGGCUCAUCUCCUGAGGGUGCCCCCCGUGACGGGAUGGGGGCAAGGGGGGGCCGGAAGUCCUGUAUCCCCCUCCAGGGCUGACCCUCCCCUCCCCUCCCCUCCCGUGGGUAUCCCCCCCCGGGGGCACCGGUGGCAUUAAAGGACGUUGCAGAGGCGGC